UUACGAUCGCUGAAGAAAAAGGCGCUAAAUUAAUUAAAACGAUUUAAAAAUAAAUUAAUUAUGAGCAUAAUUUUAUCUAUCCUGUAAUACUUGUGCAGUUACAUACAUAGCUCAUACUAACCACUUACCUUGCAUACAUCAGCGGUUUACUAAUCUGCACAAAGCCUGUGUGGUGCACUGCACAAGUGGCACUUUUUGUUCGCACCGAAAAUUGAAUCCCUAAUCCCUUCACGGAAUGAAGAAACUCCAUAUAAAAUGCCGGUGCGACGAAGGCCUUUCAACAUUACAACCACUUGUGGGACGUGCCAUAGAGUAACUUAGGCACGACUUAGCGUCCACGCGCGCUCAGCUGUUCGAGGACCCGUCCAAGACGUUCCAGAACAUGACGUUCGACAUGGUGAACCGCGGCAGCUACAACGCCACCGAGUGCGUCGUCGACAUGCUCAACUGCUGGGAAGCCGUCAAGCCGGACAAGAUCUGCACGUACUGGUACUGGUACGCCAGCAUCUGCAGCAUCAUGCGCGAGUUCUGCGCCGAGUGGCUCGGCGACCAGGACAAUUUCUACAAAAAGUUCAGCAUAACUCAAGGCAUGUGCUUGUACAACUCGGAACAGAUGUGGUCGUAAUCAAAAUCAACGUGAACGCGCGUCUCGCUUGCACUAAACCCUAAAGUAGAGGAUAUAAUUUUUAG